GUAGUUGGGAAGAGAAAGAAAACAUCGUACAAACGGAAUUUUCACUGCCGACUGUUGGGCCUAAAAAUUGGCUGUUGGAUUUUUGAAAAAUUGUUUUAGUAGUUCUAAGUGCGUUAAACUGACUGUAUUUAGCGAAAAGUUGAAGUGAGACAAGUGUUUCGCUGGGGUAAAGGGGAAUUGGUGCGAAAUCUGGUGUAUUUUGAACAUAAAACGACUUAUAAAUUAGAGUCGGUGGUUGUUUUGGCAGUAUUCGCUUACUGUUUUUCAGUGGCGGAAGGCGCUGCUCUGUGAAGCGAUUUUCAUCGGUGGAUAUGUUUGUUUUGCUGACACUAUCAGAAUUCUCGAAAUAAAGUGUUGGAAUUGCAACGGCUCUGCCCGAAUUUUUAAUGGAUAAUUACACCGAAAGUAGUGGGGUUGAUUCAUCGCCAGACAUGAAUUCCAGUCUCGAAUUACCAUCGCCGGAUCGUUCGAUCGUGAUGCCCCGAAAGUUAACCUUUGGAUUAUCUCCGGAAAACGGAGACUACCGACGACCAGCUUUAACAGUAAGCCCACGGAAGCAACCAUCUGUUUCCCCUCCGUACAGGAAGGUCCGAGCAUUACGGCUCUUCGAUUCGCCGGCCACUCCGAAGACGAUAAUUCAGAAGUCGACAAGUAAAUUCAUGAAAACACUUGUAAAUGCGUCCAUCAAGGAACCUGAUGUUUUGGCGAAACCAAUUGAGAGUAAUGGACUGAUGUGCGAGAAACCCCGAGCUGUACCAUUGCAUCGGAACUACGAAAAUGUACUUCCACCAGCUAAUGUGAAUCCAUUCACACCUCCGGGAAUGUUCAUGCGAACGAAGAAACGAACGCGCUCUGGUUUGGAUGGUCAUGACACUCUGUUGAAUACCAGUGUCCCAACUGUUUUCCCAUGUAAUAAGAUUAAUCAGCCCUCGACAAGACAGAGCUUCGGUUACUUCCAAACACAAAAGAAUUUCAAUGAUUCACUCAAAUCGUCCGCCCUGCUCGAGGAAGAACUGGGUGAGGAACGCCAAGCGCCCAAACGACUUGCCCUGCAAGACUCAAACAUUUCCCGAUAUGAAAAAGAAUUUAUCGAAUUGAUGUUACUCGGGGAAGGAGAAUUCGGAUUGGUAUAUCAGUGUCUCAAUCGAUUGGACGGAUGUAUAUAUGCGAUAAAAAGAAGUAUUAAACCGGUUGCUGGAAGUUCAUUCGAGAAAACAGCGCUAAACGAAGUCUAUGCUCAUGCCGUUCUCGGAAAGCAUGAUAACGUUGUUCGCUACUAUUCUGCCUGGGCCGAAAACAAUCACAUGCUAAUCCAGAACGAGUUUUGCAACGGUGGAAGCGUCCAGACUCUUAUCCAGGAACGAACGCUAAAGGAAUCGGAACUUCGAUUGCUUCUGUUGCACGUCGCUGAGGGCCUCAAGUAUAUCCACUCAAAUGACCUCGUACACAUGGAUCUUAAAGCCGGUAAUAUCUUCCUCACCAAAGUGCCACAGAGGCCAACCUGCGCGAGCUCAGCCGUCCCGGCUGACACAGCUGAUGAUGGUUUCGAGGAUAUCUACGAAGAUCUCGAGAGUGAGUACCUGAUCACGUACAAGAUUGGUGAUCUGGGCCACGUUACUUCAGUGAACGAUCCCCAGGUAGAGGAGGGAGACUGUCGGUACCUACCGAACGAAAUCCUGCAGGAAGAUUUCUCCAAUCUUCCCAAAGCGGAUAUCUUCUCCCUGGGAAUCACAUUGUAUGAAGCCGCCGGUGGAGGUGCUCUCCCCAAAAAUGGCCCCAAAUGGCACCAGCUGCGAAGUGGGGCAUUCCCGGAUCUGCCCGGAAUCAGUCGAGAAUUUAACGAGCUGAUCAAGCUGAUGAUGCAUCCGGAUCCCGAGAAGCGACCAUCCUCGACCACUAUCUUUAACCAUCCAGUACUCUCACCAAUCGAUUCGAAGAGCAAAGCGCAGCUCUGUUUGGAGCUCAGCUUGGAACGGCAGAAGAACGAGGUGCUGAUGCGGAAGCUGAAGGAGCAGAGUAAAAUGCUGAAAUCCUACGAGCAAGCGCAAACGCCACUAUCCCGCAAGUGCCGAGGCAGUAGCACCCGCGAGCUAGCGGUAUCCGAUCGUAAACUGCGCUCCUAUUCGCGUAAGAAGCGUACCACCAAUCUCAUCACAACGCGGCGAGGAAUCAGGGAUAAUAGUAAGGGCAGAGAAUACUAAUCAUAUACUACUAGCCAGCCAGCCAUCAUAGCCAGAGAUGAAACAUCAACAAAAUCCAACCGAAUAUUGAUCAGUUGCAGUCUGUCAGUCACCCAAUCGAAACUCUAGAGAGCAGAAAACAGAGUCAAACUUUGAAAGAAGUCAUCUGAAGUUAUUCUUCGAUACAAGAAAAAAAAAUAACAGGAUAAUAUAUACAGAGAAAUGAAAAAAAAAACAUCGUAUCGAUAUCACAGCGCAAAUAUGUUACGGGACAUAAAGUUUCUUUUUCAUAAAUUCUUUAUAUUAUUUUUUUUCGCUUUUUUCCAAAACGCUUUUUUUUUCGGAACGCCCUUAAAUUAAGUCUUUUUUUACAUUUUCGACAAGCUUUGUUUUCUAAAUUUUUGAUACCGCUUCAUUUUUUCCUACAUUUUUGGAAUUGUCACUGCUAUUAGAAUUACCAAUGUUACGAAUGUUACAUUUUUGAGAACGUUGAACUAAAUAUAACGUAAAUUGUAAGUGUUCGAUUUGUUGAGCGAUACGAAAAAAAAAAUAUUUUAAAAAAAGUUGAACGAAAAAAACCUUGCUGUGACUACUCGUUGAUGAAAAACGUGCCUUUUGAAAAGAUUAUCACUGUUACAUACACACACACUACAUUUGCGGUAGACGGAGAAGGAAACUCAGAAACAAAAAGAUGUUGUGAUACAUCCAUCGAAUCGCGUAGAGCAGAUGAAAAGAGCUGAUCAUAUUUUUAUUUAUAAGUCAGAAUUCCAGACAAAGAAGAAAGAAAAGUAGAAGCGAGACGCAUUUUCCAGCGAAGGGAAGUAAACAAAAACAAGAAUUUAACAAGGACGGAGAUCCAUCUAAAUCGAAUAAAACGGAGAAAAUUUGUGAUUUUAUACUGUAAGAGCAACUCUAAGCCUAAGCCUAAGUCGAACCAAGUCCCCUCCUCCCAAACCCCCAGAAGAUGAAAAGCGAUCUGUUAUUGACCAAAAUAAUUUUUUUAGCAUUAUAUGUAUACGUACGAUUCUUAUUUUCCGACAGGUUCUGUAGCUUGUACAUAGGUUCAUUAAGUUUUCUUCCAUUUUCGCACCCCAUAGACAGGGAAUAGUUCGGGGGUUGUUAUGCGGUCCGUUUGUGUGGGAAUUCGCCAGCACACCUGCACAAAGCUAUUCCUUCGCCAAUGCCAUAGAAGCAGAUUUUGUUUUCCAGCACGGCCGGAGAAGAAUCGCUUCAUCUGCGCGUUAGUCUUUCCGCUUUCAUUAUUUUAGCUUGUAAGGAAAGAAAUGUUCCAAAAACUAUAUUUUUCAUAAGUGAUUAUUUCCUAUAACGGAAGAUUGUAAACCCUCGAUCGGAUACAGAAGUUUUUAUAAUAAAGAGUUAUUCAAACAAUA